AUGGAAUCAAAAAUCUUAUCCUCACUUUCUCAAGAUUAUUUAAAUUUACUUGAAUCGGAAAAAUGUUUUGAUGUUAUCAUUAAUGUCGGUAAAGAACCUAAUUUAAAAAAAUUUAAUGCACACUCACUCAUUCUACAUACUAGGUCACCAUAUUUUCGUGCUGCUUUAUCUAAAGAAUGGGUUUCUAAACAAGAUGAUGAUAAAAUGAUUUUUAAUAAACCCAAUAUAUCAUCUGAAGUAUUUGAAGUGAUUUUAAAGCAAGUUUCAAGUAAAUUGUGUCUUGCAGAGCAUGAUGCAUCAGUUAUUCUUGAUAUUCUUAGAGCAACAGAUGAAUUUUGCAUGGACGAAUUAUCAGAAUAUAUACAAGACUAUUUGAUAGAAAAUCCAUGGAGAUUAUUAUCACAUUUUGUUCGAGUACAUCGUUUUGCAUCAGAAGAGGAAAGAUAUCCGAAAAUAAGAAAAUGCGUGAUUGAAAUUAUAAAGGAAAAUCCUGCAACAAUUUUUGACUCGAGUGAUUUUGUUAAAAUGGAAGACAAAACAUUAUUUUGUUUUCUUAAAUAUCAUAAUUUCAACCUAAAACCGAUUGUAUUGUGGAAACAUAUUUUAGAAUGGGGUUUAGCACAACCUAGUAAUAGUUGCCUGCCACCAUCGUCAUCAUCAUCAUUGAAUUCUGAUUGGUCAGAAAAUGAUUUCAAAUUACUGGGUAAUUCAUUAAAGCCAUUCCUACCACUAAUACCAUUUACAAAAAUGUCUGCUGACGAAAUAGUCGAAAAUGUGAGACCUUGGAUGAAAAGUUUGGAUGCUGCUAUACCAGAUUUUUAUAAAGAAAUUUACAAUUAUCAUUUUUUGCCAGAAAGUGAUGAUUUAAAAAAAAAUUUACCAGAUUUAUACUUUACAUCUAGUAUCUAUUCAAAUAAUGGCGAUGAUAAUGAUAUCUUUGAUUCACAGCUUGCAACUCCAUCGGAUUUACAUUUAAUUAUGGGUUGGGUUGAUAGCGAUUAUGUCAACAAGUAUAAUUUGAAAUUGUUGUUGCGUGGUAGUAGAGACGGGUUCACCCUAAAAAAAUUUCAUUCUUUAUGCGAUGUAAAAGGACCAACACUCAUAGUGCUCAGAGUUGAGAGUACCGGUGAAAUUUUAGGCGGAUAUAGCCCAAAAAAUUGGUACUCGAACAUACUAACCAACUAUAGUAAAACUACAAAAAGUUUUAUUUUUUCGUUGGGUGAUAAAGUAUUUAAAUUUGAUCCGAUUCUUAGUAGAGUGACGAAUUAUGAAUGUGCAAUUUUUCAAAGCAUGUAUUACGGACCAUGUUUUGGAGGUGGGUUGAAAGGUGAUUUGAAAUUGGCAGGUGAAAAUUUCAAGGAAAAUAGUGCAUCUUGUUGUAUUCAACACAGUUAUGAAUCUAGUAUUCGAUCUUCGGAAGAUGGUUUUUCCAUCGAUGAAUAUGAAGUGUUUCAAAUUGUUGAAAAGAAAGUAGAAUGA